UUAAUUAUUUAUUGUGGAUGAUGAUCUAAUAAAUUUUGGGCGACUUUAUGGAAGACUUUAUGAUGAUCUAGUAAAUUACUAUGAUGAUGAAACUAGGGUGUCAUUCAUUCAUUACUCAUUAGGGUUUACUACAUUUCCCCCAAAACAAACCCUAGAAAAUGUUGUUCUUCUCCUACUUCAAGGAUUUGGUCGGAAGAGAAGUCACCGUUGAACUGAAGAAUGAUUUAGCGAUUAGAGGCACUCUUCAUUCCGUCGAUCAAUAUCUCAAUAUCAAACUCGAAAACACCAGAGUCGUUGAUCAGGACAAGUUCCCUCACAUGCUUUCGGUGAGGAACUGUUUCAUCAGAGGAUCAGUAGUGAGGUAUGUGCAGUUACCGCCAGACGGAGUAGACAUCGAGCUGCUCCAUGAUGCCACUAGAAGAGAAGCCCGGGGCGGUUAGACACAUGUAGUGUGUUUUACAUGCUUUUGUUAACUCUGAAUUUUGUAAUUUGAAUUUUGGAUCUCUUUUUAUUAUUACUCCUUUGAAAUAUCACCUUCUUCUUUCCUGUUAUAAA